AUGCUCCGUGGCUUCAAGCGCGUGGGCGAAUUGGAAUCCAACGAGGAUCGCUUCGAAUUCCUGGCCACCUUGGCGAAGGCGUCGAUGAAUUUGGAGAAGUUUCGGCAGGCCCUGGCGGUGGUGAAUGACAUGACAGAGCCGGAGGACAAGGAUGACCUGCGUGGCUUGAACUUGAUGCGCACCCAGGUCUAUUGCCAUAAUGGAGACCUGCAGAAAGGACUCAAGGCCUUCAAUGCUUGCAUCGAGGGCAGCAGCUUCCAAGACGCGGUGAAAGCUUGGGCGGCCUGCAGUCGAGGAUUGAAACAGGUGAACGGCUGGGGCGUGACGAAGAAUACGAUCUUGAAGUUGGCUGAAACCGAGGAGGAAAAGAAGCAGUUGGAAUCCAUCGACAAGCUCUGCGAGUUCAAGGAUGAUGUGCACAAGCUGCAGACCACCAAGACCAUUUCGGAUCUGCGCCUGUGGUUGCUGACUGGCUUCUUGGUGUUUCUCUUGGUCGUUCUGAUCAGCAUCCUCUACUGGUUUGAGCAGCGAAACCUCGCUCGCAUGGAGUGGAGAAAGUGA